AUGUCAAGUGAAGAGGGAUUGUUAGGUUGCACGGAAGAUUCAGGAAAGGCGAUAUUUCGGUCGCCUUUGAUGCAAAGAAGUGGCUUUGAUCCUCAAACUGGAGUGUAUCAUUCAGUGCAUCAACUCCACAAUAAAAUCCCCACAAGUCCUGAUCUUGACAUAGCUACAUUUGUUCUGUCUCAUUUCCCAACUGCCGGCGAAGCCCUGAAACGGGUUGCUCUCAUCGAUGCAGCUACUAAUCAAAAGGUCACUUAUGCUCAGCUCAAACUUUCUGUACACAAACUGGCAACAGGGCUGUACCAUGGCUUAGGGGUGAAGAAAGGUGAUGUUGUGUUCCUCUUGUCGCCAAACUGUCUGCUUUAUCCAACAAUAUGUCUUGCUGUUCUGUCCAUUGGAGCGGUUCUCACCACGGCGAACCCUGUAAAUACUGUAUCAGAGAUAGGCAAGCAAGUUAAAGACUCUGGAGCAAAACUUGCCAUUGCUGAUCCAGGAGAGGUCCACAAGUUGCUUCCUACUGGAGUUCCUACUCUGCUUACUUCAAGGGCUAAAGAUGGCGUUGUGCUUUCUGUCGAGGAACUGAUUGAUUGCUGUGAUCCUCUGGAUUUACCAGCAGUUCGGCCGGUUCAGUCAGACACUGCUGUGAUCUUGUAUUCUUCAGGAACUACUGGUGCAAGCAAAGGUGUGGAACUUACCCAUUCAAAUCUGAUAGCCAUUGUUACACUACUUGGAUGGAGUGCAGAAGCGAGUUCAUCACUGAAUGAUGUGUUCCUGUGCUUCAUCCCAAUGUUUCAUGUCUAUGGACUUGCAUUUUUCACCCUGGGAUUGCUUGCUUGCGGAACAACUAAUGUAGUGAUGCAGAAAUUCGAUUUCCAAGCAAUGUUGGAAGCUAUUGAAACUUACAAAGUCAAUAACAUUCCAGCAGUUCCUCCUGUGAUACUUGCUCUAGUGAAAAAUGACAUAGCUGGCCAUGACUUAUCAUCAUUGCAAAGAGUUGGUUCCGGGGCGGCUCCUCUCAGCAAGGAAGUCACUGAUGGAUUUAGAGAGAAGUUUCCAGGAGUGGAGGUAAGGCAGGGCUAUGGAUUGACGGAAAGCUGUGGCGCGGCCGCUUUCUUUCCUUCUGAUGAGGUUGCCAAGGUUCACCCAGGCUCAUGUGGACAGUUACUUCCAACCUUUACUGCCAGGAUCGUGCACUUUGAAACUGGAACGCCGCUGCCACCAUUCAGCAGAGGAGAGUUAUGGUUAAAAGGACCUGGUAUAAUGAAGGGCUAUUUAAGAAACGAGGAAGCCACAGCUGCAACAAUAGUUUCGGAUGGUUGGCUGCGAACUGGUGACUUGGGUUAUUUUGAUGAAGAGGGAUGUCUACACAUUGUGGACCGCGUAAAAGAGCUCAUCAAACAUAACGGGUAUCAGGUAGCUCCAGCAGAGCUGGAAGCAGUUCUCUUGAGCCACCCGUAUAUACUGGAUGCAGCAGUUGUACCGCUCGAAGACGAAGCAGCAGGAGAGAUUCCCAUAGCAUAUGCUGUAAAAGCUGCUGAUUCUGACCUAACAGAAAAUGAAGUCAUUGAUUUUGUUGCUACCCAGGUUUGUCUAAGUCAUCAUCAACUGAGUUUCUUGAAGUCUUCAAAUUAAGAUACGACUUUCUAAAGCUGAUUCUGAAAAUUUCAGGUUGCUCCAUACAAGAAAGUUAGAAAAGUUAGUUUCAUCGACGCCAUACCAAAGUCAGCUGCAGGAAAGAUUCUGCGGAAGGACCUAGUUCUGCGCGGAAGAGAAAACAUCUUAUCAAGAUUAUAAUGUAGUAGUACUAGCCUAAUCUGCUUUUUGUUUUUUUACUCGUCUUGUUCUUUGAAAAGAAAACCAAC